UGGCGUCAACGUAUAUUCUCAUUCAUCGAAAGACAUUCAUCAGGGCCGGUGAAUUUAUGCUACUUUGAACGGCGAAAAAAUACGUUAAACUAGCGGAAAACCCAAAGACUCGGCCCUAAUUUUAAAGAAGAACUAGAGUUAGACAUUUGUGUUGAAUAUGGAGCGAGAAAUGGAACGAAUUAUUCAAGUUUCUUUGACAAAAAUCACAGACUGUCGUCGCCGUCGUGGAGGUCCCAUGUUGAGGCGAAGUUUACUGGUUUCUAAUGUGCUAAAUAAUGCGUUAACUUCAUCAGAAACGUCAUAUGGACAUUAUAGAACUCCUAAAGAUGGAGAUGUGGAUUGUGAUGGACUUGAACAAGAAUCAGUGUGUUUGGAACGGCCGGUUUUGUUGCGUGACGACACGGGUGGGUCAGGAAAUGCUCACGAGUUGAGAAAUUCUACGAAUAACAUGGACUCCAAAGUACUUUGUGAACGAACAGCUGAUAAUCAAGUCACAAAUAUGAACAUAUCUAAAGAAGUGAAUCCCAAGGUAUUACAUUCUAGUGCUUUAGCGAACUGUUCGUCAGGAAACAAGGAAUCGAAAGCUGUUAAACGGCCAAGGUCCCAUUAUGCAAAUGACACUUGUGAAAACCACGCGGUCACCCGAAAAAGGUGCCGAACAGAACAGAAUACAACUGAAAGAAAUACUUUAGACGCUGAAAAUAUCGAACCUAUGGACGUAUCAGGACUUGUUAAUGUAUUUAGCAAUAGUCUAAGUGGUCUUUCAGGGUUUUCUUCGAAAUCGUCUAACGAUUCGUUUAUAUUUUCUUGUAUAACACCGCCUGUGAAUGGUGUUUACAGUCAGCCAUCAUGGCAGCAGACUGUCGCUGCUUUUUGAACUUCAACGUCGUGAUCUCGACUAAAAACAAAUUCAAAUAGCUUGCCUUGAGCACAAAAUGCUUUCGCUCAGUCUGGAUAUUAGAUGGUGUUGUCAUGUAACGGAUUCUACGAAUGUGAGUUGAUCAAAGUGAUGUUUUAUAUUCUAUUAUCUUUUGACAGUUUUGUAAAGCUUUUAUUCAAAAUUAUUCCAAGACUUUUUCUUAGAAAACCAACCCUUUGGUUUUCAAACUUUUCUACUUCCAUCAGCCCACACAAUCGUUACUAAAAAUAGUAAAUCAUGUUAAGAAACAAGUUCGAACAUGCAAUUAUAUAUAUUUAUAAAGACAUUGUUUUAUAUCCCUAAAAAUACCAAAAAUAUUCCAUACAGAUGUUCGUACAUAGAAAUUGCGAAAUAAUAAUAGAAAUUUAGAAUACGCACAAACAUAAUACUCAUAAUCCAAGAUUUACAUGAACAUCGAUAAUAUUCAGGACUGAUUUUAGUGAUACAGUUGUACCAUAUUUGUAAAUAAUAAAGCUAUACCGAACGAGUAGCUUUCAGAGAUAGCCAUUUCUACUCCAUAUACCGUUUAUACACCAAUAAUAAAGAUAUGAAAAAUGCU